AUGUCGUCUACCGCCGUAGUCGAAGAUGCGCUCGAACCGACGCUGCAAAACAUUCUGGACCAGAAGACGCUCAAGUGGCUCUUCGUCGGCGGAAAAGGUGGCGUAGGCAAGACGACCACCUCGUGCUCUCUUGCGAUCCAGCUGUCCAAGGUGCGCGAGUCAGUGCUCCUCAUCUCUACGGAUCCUGCGCACAACCUGUCGGAUGCCUUUGGUCAGAAGUUUGGCAAAGAGGCGACCAAAGUCAACGGGUUUGACAACCUGUCUGCCAUGGAGAUCGACCCGAAUUCGAGCAUUCAAGAGAUGAUCGAGCAGUCGGAUAGCAGCGGCGGAGCGAUGGGGUCGAUGAUGCAAGACCUUGCGUUUGCGAUUCCGGGUGUGGACGAGGCGAUGGGAUUCGCAGAGAUCAUGAAGCACGUCAAGUCGAUGGAGUAUUCGAUUAUUGUGUUCGACACGGCGCCAACGGGGCAUACGCUGCGAUUCCUGUCGUUCCCCAGCGUGCUCGAAAAGGCCCUGGCCAAGUUCAGCACGCUCGGCCGCAGUCUGGGCCCGAUGCUCGGCCAGUUCCAGUCGAUGCUCGGCGGCGGAGGCGCGAACCAGGAAGACAUGUUUGCAAAGCUCGAAAGCAUGCGCGAGGUCAUUACCGAAGUCAACACCCAGUUCAAGGACCCGGAGAAGACCACGUUCGUGUGCGUCUGCAUCGCAGAGUUCCUCUCGCUCUACGAAACCGAACGCCUAAUCCAGGAGCUGACGCAGUACGAGAUCGACACGCACUCGAUCGUAUGCAACCAGCUGCUCUACCCGAAACCCGACUCCAACUGCCAGCACUGCCGGGUCAGGAAGCAGAUGCAGGACAAGUAUCUGGCCGAGAUGAUGGAGCUGUACGCAGACGACUUCCACAUCGUCAAGAUGCCGCUGUUGACAGAGGAGGUGCGCGGGACCGAGAAGCUCAAGGACUUUAGCAAGUUUUUGAUCCAGCCGUAUACUCCGCCGUCGUCCGAGUGA